CAUUCCAGAAAAAAAAUGGAAACAAAAGAAAGGAUGAUGGGCAUAUUCUGUUUCAUAUUUAUUCUGCUGCAAGGGUCAAUUUCCGCAUCCAUUUCUCUAAACAAGCCAUGUUGGAGUUCAGAUUCUUUUCUCAGGACUCGUUUGCUAGAAGGUUGUACUGGUACUCAAGUUGCCUUUCAUGCCUACUUAAGCAGCACAAAAUGUUACAGAAACCACAAAACCUUCAUAUUCGACAGAGUGCAAGUUAAUAGGAAUGGCGGAAACGGAGGUUGGUAUAAUGAAAAUACCGGGAUCUUCGUUGUGCCCAAAACGGGUCUCUAUGCAAUGACUUGGACCGUGGCUGCAGAUCAUGGAACGUGGUUUUCGGCACAACUCAUGGUGAACGGUGAAGUCAAAGGUGUCGUCAUGACAGACGCUGACGUCAGUGGAAGCGGCAUUGGUGUCCACCCAGCAACCGGGUUUGUUCUUACAAGGCUGAGCCAUGACAGUCACGUGAACAUUCGAUUCGUUUCCGGGCAUGGAUGUGAAGUAAAAAGCGACGGCCUUAUCCGCAAUACGUUCUCAGGAUGGCUGAUGAAUGCGGCUGCCUAAUCGGGUUGGCUGUUGAAGAAGUAAAGUGCGUUCUCUUAUAUAGUUUCUACGUUCAUUAAUCUAAAACAGGCUGCUAACAUUUGGACGGACAUUUAGUUCAUGAUUUACAGAGGUAGAUGCUUUUUACUCCAACUGAAAGAUCAUUUACAAACAUCUCUAGUGUUAGAUUUCAUUGUAAGAAUAUAUUGACGUUUUAAUUCCAAAAGUGUACAGGGUCCAAGUUUAUAAAAAUGAAUUUGGAGACCAGUCCAAGAAUGCAGUCUUUUCAUUGGUCAAUUUCAAGACUGAACUCAAAAGCAACCAAUCAGAUAUUGGAGUUUUGAGAAUGGUCUUCAAACUCCGUUUUACAAUCGAGGUUUCUAGGGUACUGAAGCUUCAACCUCUCAGGUAAUCGACAGUGAAAUAUUGGAAACACAAGACUUUUGUUUACUGUCCAACUAAAUGAGCAUUGAUAUUUUGUUUUUGAUCUAAUAAUAUUACACUUCUCUGUCAGUAUUUACUUAUCCCGUUAUACAUU